AACAUACCGAGAGCAACGCGCAGUCGCAACAGGCCUCUCCGCCUCUUUGCUCUCGAGAAGCUUUCGGCACGGACGUAUGGCGGCGGUGACGGCCCCGACGAGGGCAGAGGCGCUGUCCCUCUUCCGGUCCCUCCUCCGCACGGCGAAGCAGUUCUCCGACUACAACAUCCGGGAGUACACGCGCCGCCGCGCCGCGGCGGCGGCGUUCGCGGAGGGGAAGAAGCAGCUCGAGGUCGCGAAGCGGCAGGCGGUGGUGUACUCGCUCUACGCCCCAAAGUCCAAGAGCGUGAUGGAGUUGAAGGUGCAGUGAUGGACGAGGGAGAGAGGUGUUGCGCCCUUUUCUUCUCUUCCUCGUCGUCUCCCCCCUUUGCGGAUUUGUGCCUUUUUGUGUGAUGAUGAUGCAACUGGAACUGCUCUCUUAUCACGUUUGCUAGAUGACUAUCAUGAUACAGCUGCUUUCUGUGCAAUAAAUUACUAAAUUUUACUGCCA